UUGGGGAGGGGAGAAAUUGUGUCAUGUGGUACGACAGAGGCUGCGUGCCCGUCAGUCCACUCUGGUGGAGCGGAUAGACACAUAAUUACAGAACGUAAAAACGACGUCGAGAGACGAGCUGAACUUGCCAUGUGUUAUAAUUUCCAUGGGGAUGACGUCACGCAGUCCUUGACGCUCGCGCUGAUGAGAUAACGGGACUGUGACACACUGCGCGUUUCGUAUGCACACUAAAAGCUACAAAGGAACAGGUCAUUGGUUUAUAGUGCGUUUUAAAGGGAUGUUCACAGUCCUUUCUCCUCAGUAAUUAAUUACGUAGUAGCCUGUGAGUUGCUGUUCUCCUCUUAUAUAUGUGUAUAUUACAUAAAAGGCAGAGAGCAUCGUAAGGACUACGUCGUCAUGUGAAAUGAUUGACCGAUGACGUUGUUUUACUGAAAUACUGUAACAGUGCAUGGUCACUCUCUCAACAAUAAUGUCUUCAGAUCGGAGUUACAGCUGCCUCAAAACCGAGGCGAUGACAAAAUCACACUGGCAACCCUGUGUUGGUGCACAGGCAAAGCUGUGACUCUAGCUUGCGAUCUCCUGACCUCUGUGACCUUUGAGUCGAGAUGGCGACCCACCGAAAGCAUCUGGUCCGAGAUUUCAACCGAUACAUCACCUGCUCAAUUUGCCGUGGGUACCUGAUAAAGCCCACCGCUGUCACAGAAUGCCUGCACACUUUUUGUAAGAGUUGUAUUGUUCAGCACUUCGAGGAGAGUAAUGAGUGUCCGGAAUGUGGGAUACAAGUCCAUGAAACCAACCCUUUAGAGAUGCUGAGGCUAGAUAAGACCCUGGAGGAGAUCAUCUUCAAGCUGGUGCCUGGACUAAGAGAGAAGGAGGAACAACAGGAAAGUGAGUUCUGGAGAAAAAAUAAGAUCAAAUCAAACGGAGAAGAUGGCCCUAGGGCUAAGAAAGCUCGCCUGAGUGAUGAAGAGGAUGAUGAUGGGAAAGGUGGAGACUACCACAGGAGUGAUCCUCAGAUCGCUAUUUGUCUGGACUGUCUACGAAACAAUGGCCAAUCAGGAGAAAGCAUAGUUAAGGGUUUAAUGAAGAAAUUCAUCCGUUGCUCUACCCGUGUCACGGUGGGAACCAUUAAGAAGUUCCUCUGUGUAAAAUUGAAGCUGCCAAGCUCUUAUGAGCUCGAUGUUUUGUGUAACGGAGAGAUCAUGGGCAAAGACCACACCCUGGAAUUCAUCUACCGCACUCGUUGGAGACUUCAGGGUGACAGCGCUUAUCCCAUGGUUCUCGAGUACCGUCCAAGGAUCGACUUUGGUUAAACAGCACUUACAGCUUUGCGGAAAUCUCAUGCAGACUGAUGUCAAGAGAUGAACAAAAAGCAGAAAAACUGAAUGAUUGUGCCUCCGUUGAAAGACAACAACACAAAGCCCCAUGACUGACAGGACUGCUCUCUUCUUCCUGUGCACUGCUUCAGCCUCUACUCCUCCAUUCCUCCCUCCUUCAUGUUCCUGUUUGACAGUUGUGGCUCCACCCACUGGCACUGUAUCAAGUUUGAUGAUUAUAUUCUUCCAAAGCUUUCUCUGCAUGUUGUCUCUAUGACGACGCCUCAGCGUAGAGCGGCCCAUUGGGAUUAUCUGAUAGCAAUCUAGCACAGACAGUAAGCAAAAACUGCACCCCGACCAGGUGACAGGAGUGAGGGGAAAUGGAGACAUUUUUAAGAUGAAGUCUCACUAAAUUUUAGGUCAUUUUAUUAGGCGUUUUUAUCCAAGAGUUUGCACUAAAGGCAAAUCCAAAUGCCUCGCUGUAUUGUGGCUGUUCUGUGUCACCUUUACAUUCUCUCUCUUUCCUUUUAGUUACUUUUCUCUCUUGCUCUCACCGCCCACAUUGUCCCUCAUAAAUUCAGUGACUGUUUUUCAUGUCAUCAUUCUCUCUCCCUUUCGUUCGCUCACACAAACUCACUCUCUCUUUCUCAGCCUCUUUCCAUCUUCCCUCACACUCUCUCAUUUUUCUCCAAUGGUGUUUUUGGCUCUGAUCUGAAGUAUUGAUGGAUCUCAUUCAGUUGGAAUUGAAUGAGAGCGCUGUAGAUGUCCCAAAAUAACAGCACUGAAAGGCACUCUGGGUAAGCGUUUUUCCUUCACAUCGAGCUAAGGCCAAAUCUUACAUUCGUCCAAACCAGAUCAUUAUCUUAAUAGAAUUGAUCUAACAAUAACUGAUGCCAGAUAGAUAUGCUUAAUGCAGUAAUUCACUGAGAAAUCUCAUCUUUAAAAAACAGUUGAAUGGGAAAUGACUGAAGUAUGCCAGCUGCAUCUCUCUAAGAGCAGCUUUGGCUCACAGGCUGUUAACUGUGAACAUUCUGUUGUUUCCUGUUUAAACAGAUACAUUUAAAUGAGAUAAAACAAUCCGAUUCACCUCAACAGAUUUAGUUUGAAUUUUGGUCCCACUUUAUGUUAGGUGGCCUUAACUACUAUGUAAUUACAUUUAAAUUAAUCAUUUGAUACAAUGCACUUAAUGUGUACAUUGUACUUAUUUUUAAAAAUACAUGCAUGCAAUUACAUCUGUAAUUAAUUUCUGAAAUUACAUCUAUAAUUACACUGUUGACCCAUUCCUUAGACCUUAACCCACCCUUAAACCUACCCAUACCAACAAACUUGUUCCUAACCUUUCCUGUAUCCCACCUCAAUAGCAGCAUAAGUGUUUUGCAAUACAAUAUGAACACAGAAAGUACAUUGUAUUUAUUUUUUGAUGUAAGUACAUAGUAGUUAUGGCCACCUAACAUAAAGUGGGACCUGAUUUUUAAAAGCAGCACACAGAAUGUUAAUAAUAUACAUUUUGCAGUGUAUUUUGAGUGCUGUGUGGGAAAACAAGUGUGCAAGGGACAUGCCAAUAAUACAUUUGGUUAACCUUACUUCCACAAAAUGUAAGAAAAGUCAAAAUCUGAUAUUUCUCAAUGUGCUUCUCUACUACGCAGCAUAUAUCAAGUCAUGAACAUGUUUGUGAGGAGAGAGCUAGAGAUUCAAUCAUCACGUUGUUUUAAAUAUUCUAGUUAAGUGUUAUUUUGGAGCAUUUGAUCAGAUAAGGUCAUAGGUUAACUUUUUAGUUUGUUUACAUGACUGUGUUAAUCUUUAAUAUAUGUGUAGUAGCCUAUGAUAGGAAUAUUCCAUUUAAACUCAAAAUGACAUGAAAUAAGUGAACACCAAACUGCAAAAAAGUUGCCAAACCGAUUUUAUGCACAUUCCCAGAAUACUUUGUGAGAACUAAUGGUUCAAAACAUGGAGCUUUGCCAAUCCAGAUCAUAUUCCUCAGAAAAUUUUAUGUCAUGGUACUCAAUUUAGAACAGGAUUACGUGAAUUAUUAUGUGAAACUUUGUUUUGGAUCAUCUCAGGGGAUGACAGCUGGUGAAAUGAGGGUUUGUUCAAUGUUCUCCACUUCAGAUUUGGAAUCAAGGAAUCAUAACAGUGGGUUUUAGAAAGUCACUUCAGUGCUGUAAGCUAAUACGGUUAAUCAAAAUAUGCAUAUAGAAUAAGAAUGAGACUGAAUUUCUUGGCAACACCAUUUUCAGUGGAUUGUACCCAUGCGUACCAAUAGUGGAAAUAUAUUUGUCCAAAUGUUUCUUAUGACAAGCUAAACCUUCAUUUUAUACCAACAUGAUCUGUUGUACUGAAUCUUAACAAUCAUCUGCACUCUGUCAGUACAGUGGAAUUCUUGAUGUUGUUGUUUAGGACAAAGGCCACUGGCUGCUCUCCAAAAUCCAAUUUCCUCCCCACUAAGAAAACAUGCAAAUCAAAUAUGAAGUGUCUUUGAGCUCUGAUUAUAAAUACAAUGUAUUUUUGUAUGUUGAAGCACUUAUGUAUAUUUGAACCUAUAAUCAAAAGAUUUUAUGUCAAUGCUUGUCUUUUUCCUAAUAGAUGAUGCUGCUUGGGGUAAUUUAUUCUUUUUUUUAUACGUCCCACCGCCUGCUAUAUAUGUGUUCCCCUUGUAAAUGUUCGCACUGUACAUGAAAAGCUUCCUAAUGCUGUUCAUGACCUAUUGUUAUUUAAUUAAUGAACAUUAAAAUAUGAAAAAUAGUGGAUUUUUUCCCCCUCAAAUUUCUUAAAUUUAGCUGAAAACAUUAUGAAGUAAUUUAUACUCCUAUUAAUGUAGCCUGAAGGACUAAAACCUUUUAAGUUGUUGAACACCAUUUCAAGCAUGUGAUGAUAUUAGUGCGAGUUUAAAUCUGACAAUGAAAACAAAGACAGGAAUGUGCCUUCUUUUAGACUGUUUCUAUGCACCGCUCCCUGCCCCUCUCUUUCUCACUCACUUUUUUCUCCCCCACUCAUGCACAAGGAAGUGGAAUGUGACAUGCAUUCCUCUGUUAGUCUGUGCAUCACUUGUUCAGCUGUCUGUUGGCCCUGCUGUUCAUCUUACAGAAGAGAAGGUCAAAAAUACUUCAUGUAGGGCAAAGACAAAACACACUUAACCACAAAUAUGUAAGUGUCUAUAAAAACAAAUAUGCCCAGCGACAUUUAUUAUAGUUACAAACUUCAGUCUUUAAAAUUUAGGAUUUUGGAAAAACCAUGUCAGCAAUAAAUUGUUUGGAUGUCACAUUGCAUGUGUUUGCAGAUUUUGUAAACUGUAAAAGGAAUCGGUUCCCCAAAAUACUUUAAAUGUGAAAUCUACAUAAUCAACAAUAAAUCCUAAUAUAAAUAUGUCCCAAACACUCACGUUCAUUACGCAUAUGUAAAUAAACAAAGAACGCCUG